GCAGUUUUUUUUUCUUCAUUUGUAGUUGGAGAACAUCAGUUGACAGGUCAUAAAGUGGCAGUUAAAAUCCUAAAUAGACAGAAGAUUCGCAGUUUAGAUGUUGUUGGAAAAAUAAAGCGGGAAAUUCAAAAUCUAAAACUCUUUCGUCAUCCUCAUAUUAUCAAACUAUACCAGGUGAUCAGCACUCCAACAGAUUUUUUUAUGGUAAUGGAAUAUGUGUCUGGUGGUGAAUUAUUUGACUACAUCUGUAAACAUGGACGGGUUGAAGAGAUGGAAGCCAGGCGGCUCUUUCAGCAGAUCCUGUCUGCGGUGGAUUACUGUCAUAGGCAUAUGGUUGUGCACCGAGACCUGAAACCAGAGAAUGUGCUGUUGGAUGCACACAUGAAUGCCAAGAUAGCUGAUUUUGGAUUAUCUAAUAUGAUGUCAGAUGGUGAAUUUCUGCGAACUAGUUGUGGAUCUCCAAAUUAUGCAGCACCUGAAGUAAUCUCAGGCAGAUUGUAUGCAGGUCCUGAGGUUGACAUCUGGAGCUGUGGUGUUAUUCUGUAUGCUCUUCUCUGUGGCACUCUCCCAUUUGAUGAUGAGCACGUGCCUACGUUAUUUAAGAAGAUCCGAGGGGGUGUUUUUUAUAUCCCAGAAUACCUCAAUCGCUCUAUCGCCACUCUCCUGAUGCAUAUGCUGCAGGUUGAUCCCCUGAAACGAGCAACUAUCAAAGACAUAAGAGAGCAUGAAUGGUUUAAACAAGAUUUGCCCAGUUACUUAUUUCCUGAAGACCCUUCCUAUGAUGCUAACGUCAUUGAUGAUGAGGCUGUGAAAGAAGUGUGUGAAAAAUUUGAGUGUACGGAAUCAGAAGUAAUGAACAGUCUAUAUAGUGGUGACCCUCAAGACCAGCUUGCAGUGGCCUAUCAUCUUAUUAUUGACAAUCGGAGAAUAAUGAACCAAGCCAGUGAGUUCUACCUCGCCUCUAGUCCCCCAACGGGUUCCUUUAUGGAUGAUAGUGCCAUGCAUAUUCCUCCAGGCCUGAAACCUCAUCCAGAAAGGAUGCCACCGCUUAUAGCAGACAGCCCUAAAGCAAGAUGUCCAUUGGAUGCACUGAAUACAACUAAGCCCAAAUCUUUGGCUGUAAAGAAAGCCAAGUGGCAUCUUGGAAUCCGAAGUCAAAGCAAACCAUAUGACAUUAUGGCUGAAGUUUACCGAGCUAUGAAGCAGCUGGAUUUUGAAUGGAAGGUAGUGAACGCAUACCACCUUCGUGUAAGAAGAAAAAACCCAGUGACUGGCAAUUAUGUGAAAAUGAGUUUACAGCUUUACCUGGUUGACAAUAGAAGUUAUCUUUUGGACUUUAAAAGCAUUGAUGAUGAAGUGAUGGAGCAGAGGUCUGGUUCUUCAACACCUCAGCGUUCCUCUUCUACUGCUGGCUUACAUAGACCCAGAUCAAGUUUUGAUUCUGUGACUGCCGAGAGCUAUUCACUGUCGGGCUCCCUCACUGGCUCCUUGACUGGAAGCACACUGUCCUCAGUUACACCUCGCCUGGGCAGCCACACCAUGGAUUUUUUUGAAAUGUGUGCCAGUCUGAUCACUACUUUAGCUCGUUGAUGAUUUUUCCCUAGUUUAUAUCUUUCUGUUGCUGCACUGUGAAAAUCACAUGUAUUCUUUAAAUUAUUAUUUUACUUAUGUGUACACAUACUCUAAAAUGCUGAUUGACAGACAUGAAUAUUGCCAGGGGACACUCAAUGCCAUUGAAAUUAUGAAAACAAAAGUCUGACAUUUUAUUUAUCUGUAGAAAUCUGUAAUUCUAUGAUAAAUUCAUAUAGGCAGUAUCAUUAGUAGAUGAACACUGAUGAAGAUCGUUAAUUAAAAUUGUGAAUUCAUU